AUGGCUCACAAUGACUUCUCAAUUAAAUCAUCAUCAUUUUCUAUCCACAACUUAACCUAACUUCAUUAUUUUUAUUCAUACCAAACACCCCCUUUCCAAUAUAUUCACAAUUUUUUUUUCUUUUGAUCUUGUCAUUGGCCAUGAGGCCAAGAAUGUUAUUUCCAACUUCAAACCAAACUACAAAUUGCCAUAAUGUUUGUGACUCAACAUGUCCUUAUGGUUGCUAUCCAUACCCUAAUAUAAACUUUUACAUCCCACCACCACCAACACCAAUCGAAUCGAACAACAAAGUUGUUCAGAACAUUUUACCUUAUAUUAUUAUAUCCAUCGCGUUAUUUGUUAGCUUGUUCCUACUCCUUACCUACUACAUAAUCGUAGUAAGAAAUUGCUCGAAUUGGAAUCGUAGAAGAACGAGAGGAGAAGGCGAUGACGAUGAGUCGAUUAUUGAUCAUCCAAUUUGGUACAUCAAUACUAUAGGAAUUGAAGUUUCUUUCGUCAAUUUGAUUACAAUUUUCAAGUACAAAACAGGGGAUGGUUUAGUUGAUGGAACAGAGUGCUCCGUUUGUUUGAAUGAAUUUCAAGAUGACGAAUCACUUAAGUUGUUACCUAAAUGUAAUCAUGCAUUUCACAUCGAUUGUAUCGAUACGUGGCUUAGAUCACCCAUCCACGAACAAGGAUUAUGAUAGAGUUGUAAAUACUCUUUCAUACUUAACCAUAAAUAUUAAGUUCGAGUCCAUUUUAAUACGAAA